AAUUGCUUCGCCCAUCAGCACCUCUCUCCCCUCUUUGAUGAACAACUCGCGUUAUCACCAUCAAACGGUGGCUGACGCUGAAUUUUGUGUUGGCAAAAAAUAGAAGCGAAAUCCAGCAUCUUGCGAAAAUAAAUCAAUCACGCCCUGCAACGCAAAGAAUUGUGUGUCCAAUGGUCGGAUGCUUCCGUUGGCAUUUCUGCAACUUUGGAAUUGAGUGACGCAGUUCUGAAUUUGAAUCGGACUUCCCUAUCGGUACCAUGGGGGCCAUAAUUUCACGAUUUCGGAAAGAGAAAACAACCUACGAGAUAUUGCAAAACCUGGAAGAAAAGAUAAAGGACAUCGAGGAGUACACAAUCAGCACUCAACAGCGUCAAAAGCGGUUCGUGGCCAACUUCCUGGUUAUUUCUAUCGGUUUGUACGUAAUUUCGUUUGCGGUGUUUUACUUUGUAUUCUUCCCGCCAACAUGGAACGAGCGGAUCAUCCACUCGCUGCCUCUGCUGAUUUGUCCGAUGAUCAUCACAUUAAUAAAGAAAAGUCUUGCGUGGUACUUCGAGCGCAAAGUGGUCAACAACACAAACGAACUGAAAGAUCUUCGGGCGGAGAAAAAGAAAAUUCUGGAAAAGGUCAUGGAUAAAGAGACAUACAAGGUGGCGGUAGACAUUUUGAACAAAUUUGGAGAAAAGUCUCACAAGAUGCAAACCCAGUUGGUGUUACCCAGUGGUUUAUCGCCGAUGAAAGGUGCCCAACCGAUAAUGACAACACCGAAAGGCCCUGCAGUCUCAAUGCGAACCUCUCUCGGGCCACAGCCCGCCUCAGCACCGCAACACCAAGGAACUCCGAUGCGGCAGCAAAUGCAGUCAAAUACCCCGAUAGGAUUCAAUGUAAAUACAAGGCAACCGUAUCCAGGCAUGCCGAGUCCUUUCCAACAAUCGCAAUCUGCUGGUCUCAUUCAACGUCCCGUGGGAAUGGUACCGCAGCAGGGUAUGCCAUACCGGCGCACACCGUACCCGGUCAUCAACCACAGUCAGAAGGGAGUGAUCGAGAAGAUGGUUGACUAUCUGGUGGGCGAUGGACCCAGCAGUCGCUUCGCUAUGAUAUGUCGGGAAUGCCUCAUGCACAAUGGUAUGGCUUUGCAGGAGGAAUACGAAUAUGCGGCAUUCCGAUGUGCCUUCUGUGGUGCAUUUAAUCCAGCGAAGAAACAACGACCUCUGGCGCCAAAGCUACCGUUCGAACUAGCCCAGUUGGAAAAACUUAAAGAACAGCAUGGUUCCUCGUCAUCGCUGGCAGACUCUGAGACAUCUUCAUCGGAAGAAAGUCCAAGCGGAGAAGCGGGAGCGGAAGUACUCGACCAGGAGCAAGCCUCCACACCCGACCAAGAUGAGGCGCAAGAAGAUGAAAUGCCGGAAGCUGAUAUGGCUCAUAUUGACGAUGAUGCCCAACUGAUCUCGCCCGACGAUCAAAAAUAUACGGAUCAACCGAAGGCAGAAACGAAAGCAGACUAAAUGGACUGCCAAUAAAAAAUCCUUGCCCAGGCGAAGUCUGGUCUAAUUUCUAUCGCAUUGUGAAUAGUCAGUCGUCACUCGUCGAAGCCAUUCUCAAUCAUGAACACCGAACGAAUGGCCAAUGUUCAUCUCCUUGCAUGACUUUGCAUGCCGCUUACGCAGCUCUGCUCGAAACUAAACGCAUAAGCAGAAUCAAAGCCAUGGCUAACGGAAUCACGCGAAACCCUCUAGAACUGACGAUCGUCAUCCAAGGCGUCAACUGGAAAUGCUGGCAAGUGCAAGAGGAACGAUUCGAAACGUCAUAUUACAUAUUUUUUAUAAGUUUUCUACAUUUUUAGAGAAACUUCCUUACUUCAUUUAAUACUUGGAUUCUAUUAUCAGACCCAAUCUAGCUGUAUACUUCCGAUUACAAAUUGUUAAGCCUUUUUAUAACUAUUUAUAGAGAGUAGACUGACUUGUUAAAAACACUUUAUGUUGUUCAUUUGUCGAGAGAUUUCACCGAAAUUGUAGAGAGGGAAAAGCAGGUCAUUAUAUAAAUAUAAGCAAAAUAAUUAGGACAAGCAUUUAAACAACAUACUUUGUACUGCGCAGAUGAUAGAGAAACAAAAAACGUGGAAUCACGGGACGAAAUGUUUGGAUUCGAUUUUAAAGUCAUAAAUCUGGAUUGGUAGAGCGUAGGCAAAUUUAGUAGGAAAUGCGUGGUUUUAUUUAUUGAAGUUAUAACAAUUCACAGCCUGAGUGUUAAUUAAUAAUUUGUUUCCAUUUUUUUAUGAAAAAGCUACAAAAAUCUUGACAGAAAUAACAAAUUUAAUACAUUGUUAUUGAA